CAGCUUUCCAAAGUUCCUGGCUGGUUUUGUGGUUUCACCAGGCCAUUCAUAGUCUCGCUCGCCCGAGCAAUUCAUCCUUUCCAUGGAGGCCCAUCACGACAAUGUCGGUCGCAUGAUCGCUGCUGUUUUCGACGAAGACCAGGCGCACCUGUGGCGCACCACUGCCGCUUGGGCGAUUGCCUGCGCGACGCUCUUCGUCACAGUCCUUGAAGGACUUCCGGCCGUGCUCCCUGCGUUGGGCCGCCUGUCGCGUGAGCAGCGCCUGCAGCUGUCGCAGAUGACGGUGAACUUUUGCGACCAUGCCAUUUUGGGUCCCAUGGCAGUCCAUGUGAUGGUCAAUGGCAACAUGAAACUGGUGAGCGGCACAUCGGCGACCAUCGAUUGGAUCUCCAUGAGUGUGCUGGGCUUUUGCACCUAUGAUCUCACCGUGCGAGUGCUGUUCUGGCGCGUGUUGUGGCGCAAUUCGUAUUUUGCACACCACGCGCAGUCGGUGAUCUGCUUGGGGACAGCCACACUGGUGCAGCUGUUGGGCUUUGAGCGCGCUUUCGCUUCCUCGCUGAUGUUGGGGGACAUGCUGACCUCUGGGCGGGUCGUGCUGAAGCUGUGUGACGCAUCGGGAUUCAGCGAGACCUCCUUUGCCCAGAUGUACGUGUACCACUCCGAAACUGUUUUCUUUGUUUUUCGCAUCUUUUGGUGCUUUUGGGCUUUGGGAUCUUGUGGCGCUUCUUCACGGAUGCGGAGGCGUCACCGCUGCUUGAGAAGCUGGCUGGGACAUGGGGAUGGUGGCUCAUUGUUGGCACAUUCUUGACUUUCGUUGUGUUGUGUCUUUACUGGCUCAGCAAGAAGCUCAAAGGGAUCCAGCGGCGCCACCGUGAGUCGGCCCAGCGGGCCAAGGAUGGUGUGAGUCCGGUGAGUCCUCAAGGUGGUCGCAACCAGCAUGUCAUUGCGUUCGGACUCCUCGCGGGAGCAGCGUACCUUGUGGUCUUCUCAUUCAUCCUGUUGUCGACGGACAUUGUGCGUAUGCUUUCUCUGAGCUGCACGGCUGGGGCUGGGUUGCGGGUGUUCUGCAUGGUGCACCGGCACCGGUGAGUUGAGGUUGUCAUAUAUUAUAUGAUGCCCUGGAGAGCCGUACGUGGCACUCUUGGACCUUUUCAAUCGUGCGGCUUGCGAUGGAGGGAAAGGAACGUUGUGACGUCCUCCAGGACAGCACAGGAGCUUUGAAAGGUCCACCACGCGCGGCAAUUGAAACAGUGUUGCAGUUCCCGCGUUGCAAGAGACAGAUCAGGGCCCAAUCAGCGCUUGGAAUGGAAUACCCCCC